UCUUGUUUUUCACGUAUUCAUUUUUAUCGACGACCCUCCCCGAUUUCCUUCUCGUCCUCGUGUUCUUAUUUUCCACAUUUUCGUGAAAAAGAUUGCUCCGGGUCCGGGAGAUUCCGGUACGAAUGCUGAAUUCGUACGAAGGAUACGUCCCAUUCGUACAUAUGCGAAUCGAUCACGCCCCCUCCUACUCCAGGUGUUGCAAAAUACGCCAGCGUUUAUACAAUUUGUGAAUAUUAUUUCGCGUUUCUCGCCCGUGGAUGUCCGGGUAUUUGAAAACGCGGGGAAACGUACGUCGUACGCGACACGACCGGGAGACUUUCCCUCGAUGGAAAAUCCGAAAUUCAAUUUUUCACCAGACUUGCUUCUUGACUGAUUUACCGUCCGCCGCACCGUUACUCCGCUAAAAUUUAAACCCCGUGAAAAUUCCUAUUCCCUUCUCUCCGACGUACACGACGCCGCUCUCAACUAUCGGCGCGCUUCACUCGCGAAACAAAAUUACACAGAAUGGGAUGAUUUUUUAUUUAUUUUCUAUGCAAGUUUUGGAACCGACGUAUCCAUGGGCCCCAGAUUUCCGUACUCGGUGGAUAAAGUAUAGCGAUUAACGAUAUCAUACGGGAUAAAGUGAGUCGCGGUUGACUUCGGUCGCCAUAAAUCCACGAACUCUGACCCCGGAUCAACGUUUGCGACGAGGACAACGUGAUCCCGACCGACCCGUUUAUAGAAGAAUUAGGAAACGCAUUUUUUCGAGAAAACGAUCAGGCUACCCGAGCGAAAAAGUCGACCGUAAACGCUAUAAAAUUUUGAGUAAGAUUCGACGCUCUGUCGAGGAAAAAACGAGGAAAGAAAAAACAACAUCAGCUCCAUUCUGAACCGCAGUUUAAUAAAUUUGUCGCACGUGCGGUGCGUAACGUGGAAGCUAAAAAUAGUAACAAAUAUAUAUACGUAUCCGUACCUAUAAAAAAUAAAAUUACCGGUAAAUCUUUUGCCGUGAAUUUUUACGUUCCAAAGAAAAUUAUGACGAGGUGCUAAACGGGUCGUACAGUAGCGGCGAUGACUGGUAAAACUAUAUAAUUCGUAAAUAAAACUCAAACGGAUAUGCAGCAAACGGAGCGUGCGAAGUAGCUUAUAGCUAACGCACGCGGAUUUCCUCACGACGCCUCAAAAUUGGCUGUGAAAAACUUCGAUAGUAUAACGUAGGGGUUUUUUUUCACUCGGGGCUCGGCACCCGCGGUUCAAAAGCCGCCACUGUUGACUUUGUACGAACUGGAAACCUGCGUUCACUUCUCUCGGGUCCAGCCCUCCCUGGAACUCUAAAAAAGAGUCGUUAACGGUCACAGAGACCGAGAGAAAUGUAACGAAAUCAUAUCGCGCCCAACUUCUCUCGUUCGUUGGAAUUGAAAAAAUAUAAUAAAAUUUCCCCCCGUUAAUUUCUUCCCACAGGGUGAAACGAGAGGGAGAUAAAUCAUCCCGAUGUAUGAAUCGCGCGUAGAAACGCGCGUAAAAAACGUCGGAAAUUUUUAUUAUUCGUUCGGAAACAAAAUUAUUGUCUUGAAAAAUUACACCAAUCGAACAGCACAUAAUGUACGGUAUACAUCGCACACGCUGUCGAGUUACGCGAUUAAUAUUUCAUCCGCAAUAAAACGUUUGUAAGCGAUCGUGUUCGUGUAGUAAAUCGUACGGCGAUGAUACGUUGGGUAAAAGGUUGCCAAGUUCGGUGUAUUAGAAUGUUUUUUAAUUGUCGAAUAACGGCGUUGUAGGUAUAACCUUGGCGGACGGCUGUUAGCGUCAAUGAUAACCUUACGUAACUUUCGGAACCAUAUAUUUAAAAUAUUGCGUCGACCUCGCGGUCGGUUUUGAUGUGUUGUUAAAAUAGGCCCAACGGGGUUAUUAAUACCAUGAGGCGCGGAGGAACGCGCGGGAGGACUCCGACGAUAUCGGUACGGUCCGACUCCCCGGAAAAAGAAAGGUGACCCGCGAAUCGCCCGACGAAUUAUCGCACCGCGAUCGCGUACAGGUUGCGAAAAAAAGAGCGAAACGAUUCGCGAAAUCCUGCCCGCCGUUGAUACCUUCCGAACGCGAGACGCCGCGGCGUCUCCCCUCUUUUCUGCUCGUGCGAAAAAAAUUCGGCGGACGAACACAGGUGAUCCGAAAAUUGUCCCGUGCCUGCCCCGUACGAACCGCGAGGUACAUGUCUCUUAUCACGUGACACGGACUACACGUUGCGCAAGUGUGCGACAACGAUUCAGAGGACAUUGACAGACGUGUCUAGCGCUUACGCAAUUCUUUUCUAGCUACGGUAUUUCAACAGGCCGCUCGGCUCGAUCGGCUGCUCAAAUUUCUGGAUUUUUUUUUUUUCUAAUUACCGUGAAACAGGUCGCGAUGCGCGUAACGCGUUCGCGUCGUUACGGUUGACGCCGUUGUAGAAGAGAAACGAGCGAGUCACGUUCUCGAAAGAGCUGCGAAUAUCGCGUAUCGGGAAAAAAUUCGAUUUUAUCUCACGGUGCGGACGUAGCAUAAACUGAGAAGUGAAAAAUCUGCAGUCGAUUCGCGUGAAUCUAUACAGGCACUCGACGGAAUGACGAAUGGCUUGUAUAAGCUCUCCUGAUCUUUAUGGGCAUCGAAAUUCAUGAAACAGAAAGGUUUCUUCAUUUCUCCGACCCCCAUAUAUCAAGAAUAUACGCUCGAUCCACAUGGGAGAAUUGUGCGCCCUGCAGCCUAUUAUGCGUGACUUUUAUUGGCUGCUUUGACUCAUUUCGAAAGACAACUUUUACGCAGAGCAGAAAAAAAAAUAGAAGAGGAGAAGUAAAACAAUCACCGGAUUAACCGGAACAAAAAGCGAUGACUGAUUAUGACAAGAUAUAGGGGAAAAAAAUCAACGAACAAAAGGAGGAUGUAUAAUGCGGAGAGCUCCGAUAUCGUUAAUUACUGUUUGGACAACAUCGGAGGAGGGAGAGGCGAAGAUAUCUCUCCGUUCUCCUCGGAGAUUGGACAUCGGGCAUGCGAGAAGUGGAGGCCAGACGGACAUGCGUCCUCCUCACGGCUUUGCUCGCCUUGUUUUUCGGGGGUGUUGACGCGAGGACGUUCACUCUGGGGUAUCUCACCGGUUCGAAACGAAGACCUGGGGACCUCGAGUACCAGAGACCGGGGUAUCGAAUAUCGGGGGCGAUUAAUCUGGCCGUCGAAGAGGUGAACGCCGGUGAGCUGGCCAAACGAGGGCAUAAGCUCGAUUUCAUAGUAGCGGAGACGUACGGCGAAGAGGAAACGAGCAUCCUGAUGACCGCCGACCUCUGGACGAAAAAUGUGAGCGCGUACAUCGGACCGCAGGAAACGUGCAUUCACGAGGGCCGGAUGGCGGCAGCCUUCAACAUCCCGAUGAUCUCUUACUUUUGCACGCAUCGAGAAACAUCGGACAAGUCGGAGUUUCCGACGUUCGCGAGAACGCGACCGCCGGACACUCAGAUUUCUAAAUCCGUGGUGUCGGUACUGCUGGCGUUUAAUUGGACCAAAGUGACGUUCAUGUACAUGAACUCCAGCCUAUUCGAAUUCAACAAGAUGUCAACCGUGGCGGAAACAAUUCUCUCGUCUUUCGAAGCGUCCGGAAUAACCCUGAAUUCACUACGUUGCUGGGGCGAACCUUUCCACCACACCCACAUGCACAACCCUUUUCAUCAACACGUGCAGGACACCUACAAGGAAACGAGGAUUUACGUUAUACUCGGUAACUACUACGACCACAUCGGACUCCUAAUGGCUUUGGACAAGAAAAAGCUCCUCGAAAAAGGAAAUUACUGGGUGCUCGGCGUCGAUCUUGAAGAGUACGAUGAAAAAUCACCGGAUAAAUACCUCCGAGGAUUAUUGCAGGAUAGAACGAAUCUCGCCAUAACGCAAGCUUUCAGAAGUUACUUCAGCAUCGUCGCUUCGCCGCCUGUAAACUUUGAAAACUUUACCCGAGUUAUCAACAAGUACAGGCGAAAACCUCCGUUCAACUUCACCAAUCCUUUGGCGAUCGUCGGUGGGGUCGUUCAGAUCGUACCGGAGACGGCUUACCUCUACGACGCGGUGCACCUCUACGAACGUAGUUUGCUGCAGGCUCUCGACGAGGGCAGAGACCCGGGGGAUGGAAGAGGAAUGGUCGCGGCUCUUCACGGGGUUCACUAUCGCAGCGCGAUGGGGUACAUGGUCUACAUGGAUGAAAAUGGCGACGCGGAGGGAAACUACACUUUAAUUGCCUUCGGAAAUAAUCCAGAGAACGGAGAGGACAGAUUCGGUUUAUACCCGAUCGGAUAUUUUGUUGGAAAAGAAGAGAAGUCAGGUUUGCCCAGGCUCCAAGUGACCGAAGAAAUACAUUGGAUCGGUGGAACGCCACCGAUAGCGGAACCAUACUGCGGAUACCACGGAGAAAAAUGCACCUCGCACACUGGUGAAAUAGUAGGCGGCGUCGCGGGGGGAAUUCUGUUGAUACUAACUGCGAUCGCCCUGGUACUCUACAGGAAUUGGAGAUACGAGCAGGAACUCGACUCGCUAUUAUGGAAAGUCAACUAUAAGGAGAUUCAGAUCAAGGAACAAAGCGGAGACGAAAAUUCGGAUCAGAAAAGCGGCGCGGAUGCCGCAUCCAAAAAUAACAAGGCUGGUCAGCCAGUCGUGAGAACGAGUCAAGUGUCUUUAAGCUCGAAUCCCGACGCCGACUUUCGCUACUCGACUAUAUUUACUCAGAUUGGUGUCUACAAGGGUAGAAUUUACGCUAUUAAAAAGGUCAGGAAAAAAUCCAUAGAAAUUAGCAGGGAGAUGAAGAAAGAACUGAAAAUGAUGCGGGAUCUGCGUCACGAUAAUUUAAACGCAUUUAUCGGAGCCUGUACGGAUCCACCUAACAUUUGCAUAGUAGCGGAAUAUUGUACGAGGGGAAGUCUGAAGGAUAUACUGGACAACGAGGACGUCAAACUGGAUAACAUGUUCAUAGCUUCGUUGGUCGGCGACAUUAUCAGGGGUAUGAUUUAUCUGCACGAGUCACCGAUCCGAUUUCACGGAGCUCUCAGCACGUCGAACUGUCUCGUCGAUUCGCGCUGGGUGGUAAAACUCACUGAUUUCGGACUCCGAGAAUUUAAGAGAGACGCGGAAUGCGAGCCCGCGGAUAUAUUCAAAAAAUACGAAGGUUUGCUGUACCGAGCACCCGAGCUACUCAGAUCAUCCCAGCUCAAGCAACCGUCGAUUCGUGAUUACCAGAAAGGGGACGUUUACUCCUUCGGAAUAGUCCUGUACGAGAUCCAGGGGCGCCACGGACCUUUCGGUAUAACGGAUUUAUCCGCUCCGGAGAUUUUGAAGAGAAUUAUCACUCGAGAGCCGGGAAAACCACCCUACAGACCGCCCUUCGACAAGUUGGAAAACAGCUUCGACUUUGUUCGCGAUUGCCUCGUCGAGUGUUGGGCGGAAAAUCCGGACGAUCGUCCCGAGUUUAAGGUCGUCAGGAACAAAUUACGACCCUUGAAAAAGGGCAUGAAACCGAACAUCUUCGAUAACAUGAUGGCCAUGAUGGAGAAAUACGCCAAUAACUUGGAAGUCCUGGUUGACGAAAGAACGGAUCAACUGAUCGAGGAGAAGAAGAAGACAGACGCCCUCCUCUACGAGAUGCUUCCUCGAUACGUGGCCGAGCAACUGAAACGCGGACAUAAGGUGGAGGCCGAAGGAUUCGACUGCGUGACGAUAUACUUCAGCGACAUCGUCGGUUUUACUUCGAUGUCCGCCGAAAGCACGCCUCUGCAGGUAGUGGACUUCCUGAAUGACCUGUACACGUGCUUCGACUCUACGAUAGAAAACUACGACGUGUACAAGGUGGAAACUAUCGGAGACGCUUACAUGGUGGUCAGCGGACUCCCCAUAAGAAACGGCUGUCAACACGCAGGGGAAGUUGCCACCAUGUCCCUUUACCUCCUCAACGCCAUCAAACAAUUUCCCAUACGCCAUCGGCCCUUGGACAAACUCCAACUCCGGAUAGGAAUUCAUUCCGGACCAGUUUGCGCGGGUGUGGUGGGUUUGAAAAUGCCUCGAUACUGCCUUUUCGGCGAUACCGUGAACACGGCUAGUCGUAUGGAGUCAACCGGACUGCCAUUGAAGAUCCACUGCAGUUGGGAGACUAAGCGUCUCCUCGACGAACUCGGUGGUUUCAAUCUCGUCGAACGUGGUGUGGUAUCGAUGAAGGGAAAGGGCGAGCGAUUGACCUACUGGCUAAUCGGCGAAGAUCCCUUCCUCAGGGAACAAAGAUCCAAGGAGAGGGCCGCUCGACGAUCCCUGACUUCCGGCGGUUUGAAUAAAACAGCCAUCGGGGAAUGUUCGGUGCCCCGAAGCUCCUUGAAAAAUAAAUCCCUCGCUAGGACGACCUUCCUACGUUGUUCCAGCGAAUCACCGAAGCGCCUGAGGUUCGCCAGCUCCGAUCAACUGGACCAACAAACUCAACGGAGUGGAAGCAGAUUGGAAUCGAUAGCGGACAAUAGUCCCUGCAAAAGGAGGCCGUCGUGCGCCCCCGGGGGUUUGAAUUGCAUCGAGAGCAUGCGUUCUGCCAGUACCUCUUGUCCGUGUGUUGAAAAAUUAUGCGACGCCGCGCCAUCGUCGCUUCAAGUUCUCGAUACGGAGUCAGCUGAAAUAACUACGAAUAAAAUGAACGGCGGAUUUUCCCUGACCAGUAGCGUUCCGGCGCUAAGAGGUUCGCCUGGGUCGAACCGCGCCGAUAUUAUUAGCCACGGAGCCACCAGAAAUUUCCGUUUCAAACCCAGCCUCGGUUUGCAAAUGGUCUGCAGAUCGGCACCAAGCAGUCCGAGACACAGUUCUUUGGUGAUGGAGGCACCUCGUCGCAACACUCAAUCGACGGAAGAAAUCGACGGAUGGGAUUCGACGCCGCUCAUUUAUUCAUCGAGUCAAUGUCCCGACUGAUCAACGUCCCGAAAAGGAGCGCAACGCGCACGUCUUUCGCGGUUCUUCGCAUGGACUUCCGGUCCUCGUUCUCCCGGCGUCAAAUCAGAAGAAACGAAAAGGAUCGGAAAUAUAAUGAAACAUGUUCUUUUUCAUUCUCCGCAUCAGAACGGUUUAUUUAACCGAGAGAUGAAAAAUUCGCGUUAAUUCUUUGUCGGCAAAGAAACGAGAGAUAAAGGGACUUUUAACACCGGUCGUUCGGGUCUCCGUGCUCCUCGGCUCACGAGUUACACAGCCCAGAGAGUAGCGUUAUAUUUUUCAACCUUUAAUAAAAGCGGGUUCUCUUUAUCACCGGUAAUAUUGCUCUGCUUAGAAAAUAUUGCUGGGAGUUCUAGCCGUUCGGGGGUGGGUGGGUAAAAAAGGUGGGUGGGGUAAGUUACACACUUACCGUAAAGACGUGUGCGUUACGUUUGUCCGUUGCGUAUUGCGUUUCUAUUAUAUACACGGGGCGAGUUUCGCGGUAAAUCUUAACGUCAUCUCAAUCUUCCCGGACGGGGGAGGGGGUGAGGGAGGUAAUGGCUCGUUAUGUGGUUUUUAUUCGAACGAUAAAUAAGCCGGUAUAUUUAAAUGACUUAAUAAAGUGUCGUGAAUUUCGGUAGUACGUCACAUCCAGUAAAGAAAUCCGAGAGGAGGUUUUUCCUUUGGCACGGUAUUCGAGCGAAUUCAAAAAUAUCACCACGUACGCUGAUUAGUUUCCACAAAUUAAUUCAUCCAGACCCCGAAGCUAGCACCCUUUACACGCUGCUAAUUACCGAGAAAAUUCCCCGACAUAACCGCAAGCUGUUUCGAAGUGUUCGCGCGGGUGGUAAAAUUUUACCUCUACCCAUGUUAUAUGCGUCACACUAUUGUACGCAAGUGUGUUACCUGCGGUGUAUAUCCUUUGAAACGUCGCAUUCAUUCCGAUUCCGUAUAAUUCUAAGGUUUAAUCACUCCUUUCUCACGCGUUCACAUAAUUUCCUUACGAUUUGUCAAAGAAAAUUUCAACCACGUGACGAAAGGAUAACUUAACAAUGCAUAGAGUAUUACAGAUAUAAUGUUAUAUUAUACACAUUAAUAUUGUACUUUAAUGAGAAUAUUUGUACGUGUAAUUUUAUCAAUUAUUAUAUAGCUUAGACAAUCAAGAAGGCUCGUGCUUUUAUUGAUACGUAAAUAAAUCGAUGGAUCGCGUUUUACAUUUCAUGCACAUAAUAGAUAUCGUAUUGUAUUAUUAAUAUCAUCGUUAUUAUGUAUUGUGAAAGUUUAUCUAGUCAACAUAAAAUUUUUCGUUCAUACCUUGA